UCUAGUUCGUCUCGUGGGUAACGUAACAUGAAACAAACGCGAAUCAAUUUCGGAAUAAUGAUCGAAAACCACCUGUAAGAAACCGAAAGUAAACAAACAACCGUUACAUUAUUGCUUGUUAAUUUAAUCAUUUAAUUUUCUUGAUGAUUGUUGAUAUGAGAUAAUUAAUUAUUGAUGGAGCAUCGGCGAGUGUUACGAUGACAAGUUAAUUUUUUAACAAUUAAGAACGAACCAAGCAGAACAAAAACAGUAUGGGAUAUGAAGUGGCAAUUUCAACGGACUUUACAUGGAACACGUCGUACGUCUUCGGAUAUGACAACGAAAGCGGUUGGGGCGGCAGAUAUUUCUUCACGUAUUUUUCCGAGUUUAAACGUCCCGAAAACAAUUAUUAUUGCGUCGUCGAAUUGGUCGUGUUGGGACUUAUCUUUAUCGUCUCCCUGUUUGCCAACGUGUCGAUUAUCAUAUGUGUUUCCAGAUAUCCAGAAAUGAAAACAGUCACCAACUGUUUCGUAUUAAAUUUGGCCGUGAGUGAUUUGAUAUUCGCGUUUACCAUUCCAGUAGUUGCCUACACCAGGAUCAGCCAGUCGUGGGAGUUUGGAGACUUAACUUGUCGAAUAUUGCCAUAUGUACAGUUUGUUUCUGGGAUAGUUCUCUUAUGGACUCUCGCCUUCAUCAGCAUAGACCGUCACCGGUGUAUAGUAGUACCCCCUUAUCGGUCAAAAAUGACACCGGAACAAGCGAAUUGCACCUCGGCCCUCAUAUGGUUCGCCACAUCCAUAGCUGUCAUUCCAGUAGCCCUCUGGUUUCGGGAAAUCAAAGGAGACAACGACUUGACCAUCUGUUCCUUAGUGUUCCCCCACACCGACUCUGUACACGUCUCUAUAGUAUUUAUCGUAGUUGUAGUUGUAUUCGCGUGUUUAUUGCCGAUGGGUUUAUUGGUGUACCAUUAUCAGCAAAUAUUUCAAAAAAUAUUGUCGACCAAGAACGCAUGGUCGACUUCUUGUGUAGUUAUUAGUGCCGUAGAGAUUAAGGGUUGUAAUCGAGCUCAAACUAGGCGACAAAGCGAGAUCAGUUUGUCGGAUAUAUUUGUACCGUGGCCAAGGAAGUUCUCGACCCAACUAAGUAAUUCUAACGGUAGUCGUCACGGCUCUCUCUCCACUCAAGAAGAACUCCGUUUAAAUAAACAUAUAAAAGUUGUCAGGGUACUUUUCCUCAAUGUGGUAGUGGUACUGGUAAUGUGGCUGCCAAUAACUCUAGUGAUGGUUCUAAUACACAUUGACGGCCGAAGAGAAAACGCCGAUCACAACUACUUCUUAAGAUCUCAUCAUUUUAUUGCGGCAGUCUGCGUUGCACUAUUAAACACCGUGGUGAACCCUCUGCUCUAUGGAGUCCUUUCAGAGAACUUCAGAGCCUGCUUACUGAAGAUAUGGUGCAGGCAGGAUGCGAUCGUUUUAGAUCCUGCCACGCCAUCUAGCGGCAAGCAACAUUGUUGCAAAACCAAAAGACCUAGCGCGUCUUUGAGCGAAAGGAGUGAGAAAAGCGAUAGGUUCGAUAUCGAUAGGAAAUUAGGCGUUGGGUUGUUAUAAAAAGGUUCCAUGUUAUAAGACUUGUUGGUACUUAAUAGUAUUGUAUAGACUGGUACAACUUAAAGAAAUAUAAAGAUAUUAUUCUAUGAUAA